AGAAGGCGAGCAGAGUUCAGAAAACAAUUUCGCGUUAUAAUACUUUUGCUCAAUUUAAUUGGACUUAAUCAUCGAUGGACUUAAUUCAAACAGAAAUUAUAUAUUAUUGUUUAAAAAGAUAUAAAUAUAUUUGAAGAUGGCAGUGAACGUGUACUCAACAAAUGUCACGUCUGAGAACCUUUCAAGGCAUGAUAUGUUAUCGUGGUUGAAUGACUGCUUGAAUUCCAACUUUGGGAAGAUCGAAGAGUUGUGCACGGGCGCCGCGUACUGCCAGUUCAUGGACAUGUUGUUUCCUGGUAGUGUGCCAAUGAAACGGAUAAAGUUCAAAACAAAUCUAGAGCAUGAGUACAUUCAAAACUUCAAAAUACUACAAGCUGCCUUCAAAAAAAUGUCUGUAGAUAAGAUAGUACCCAUUGACAGGCUGGUGAAGGGUCGGUUCCAAGAUAACUUUGAGUUCUUGCAAUGGUUCAAGAAGUUUUUCGAUGCCAACUACGGGGGCGCGGAGUACGACGCGGUGGCGGCGCGCGAGGGCCUGCCCAUGGGCCACGGCGCGGCCGGAGCGCCCAUGCCGCGCGCCGCCCCGCUGCCCGUUAGGAAGCCGGCGGCGCCCGUCGCUAAAGUCGCCGCCAGACCCCAAACCAUUGUGAAGGCCAACAGCACAGUGCGGUCUCCCCCAGUCAACUUGUCCCGAUUGAAUCAAAGCGCGAAAGGAGACUCCAAACUAGUCGAUGAUUUAAACCAUCAGAUCAAUGAGUUAAAAGCAACCGUUGACGGACUGGAAAAAGAAAUAGAGGUUAUCUGUCAGGAGAUGGAGGAACAACAGAACGCUCCAAUAGUUCAAAAGAUCUUGGACAUCUUAUAUAAAGUAAAUAUUGAUAGAUUCGCGGCUCCCGAGGAAGUGGACGGGGAAACCCCGCACCCACCGGAGGAGGAUGAAUAUUGAAAGUGUAACAUAAUUAUAUGACACGCGUAUCAUAGUGCUCUUUGUAUAUUAUACACUCGAAAUUAUAUCGCUUAAAUCAUCGACAGGCAUCGAGCGCUUAGUAUUUCACAGCCAAUGACUCCUAUAGGAAUUAACAUAUUAUUAUACUAUUUAUCUUUGUGUGUGUAGAGCUGUGACUUUGUAAAUGUACAGUAAAAUAACUAUUGAGAAAAUUUGACAUACCUAAUCAUUCCUAUUUACAGAUAUACAUAUUAAUCGUAUUAUUUACUUGGUGCACUACACAUGGCGUGCCAUACAAAAUUACAGUUAUUUUUUGUGCCGAUUCGAAGCACCCCACUGAGAUUACCGGGAAUAAAAAUUUACACUUUGUGUCAAAUGAUCCUCAUGUUAACAGAUUUGUAGUCACUAACAUUUAGUCCAAACGUAGGGUAACCACCAUAGGGUAUUAUCACUAACUAUUACGAUUUAAUAAUAAUCUGUAGAUAAUAAUAUUAUGUUCUUUUCAUUAAGUAAAGGUACACGUGGCUGUGUAAUACUUAAGUGCAUUCCUUAUACAUAUAUUUGGGAGCGUUAUUUCUUGACUGAUUCUCUUCCUAUUCUCGUUGGUUUGGUAGGAACAUUUCUUUGUAACCUGACGAAUUUCUAAAUAUUAGUGAUGUAACAAAAUAUUCGUAAUGAACAAUUAUUCUUCUGAUUUAUUAUUAAAUUUUUACUGAAGAUUCUUUAACUUUUACAAUUUUCAUGUUUUUUUUACUCAAACAAUAGAAUAUUCUUUGAAAAUUAUAUUCUUUAUUUAGGUAUUAACAAAAAUGAUUACCUUAUAAUCUAUAAUAUAGUGCGCGCAAAACAAGUAGUCCAAUCGCAACAUUACCAGUGUGAACUAGGGUGAGGAAACUCGGUUUGAUCCUGAAUCGACGAUAUGUCAAAUAUUAGGCUAUGACAUGAAUCAAAGAAAAAUGGGCGAUUCAUAGGCUACCCAGCAUCUAAUGUGACGUCGAAGCCUAGAAGUUUUGUUACAAGUUCCCUAAGGCCUUAUUUACACUGGAGCUUUUUAACGUCCGUUAAAAAUGCGCACACUUAUUACAGAUCACGACAUUUAGGCCUCAUUUACACGAGAGUUUUUUAAACGUCCGUUAAAAAAGCGUCCCAAUAUAACAAAAUGUAUUCCCAAUUAUUUGUUCACACGUAUAAAGCGUUGACGUGUGUACAUUUACUUGGGAAUACAUUUGAUCUAUUUGGACGCUUUUUUAACGGACAUUAAAAAAACCUUCCUGUAAAUGAGGCCUAAAUGUCGUGAACUGUAAUAAGUGUGCGCAGGUCAUACAUCAAAUACACAAGCCCGAGUUGAGAUCUGUUUUUGUACAAUGCAGUCAUACGCCUCGUGUUCAUUUUGGACUACUUGCUUUUGCGCGCAUUAUAC